GGGGAGACACACCUUAAUUUAAAUCUUUUAUGCUUCAACAUGGCAUUAUUCAUCAAACAUCAUGCGUAGACACCCUCCUCAAAAUGGAGUUGCUAAAAGAAUAACAUCUGUUAGAAACUGCAUGAGCUCUUCUAUUCCAAAUGAAUGUGCCUAAAUAGUUUUAGGUUGAUGUUGUGUGUACUUCAUGUUUUUUGAUCAAUCGUAUGCCAUCUUCUAUUUUGGAUGGUAAAACUCCUUAUCAAUGCCUUUUUCCAAAUAAAGAACUAUUUCCCAUUCCACCUAAAUAUUUAGUUGCACUUGUUUUGUUAGAGAUGUUAACCCUCAUCGCACGAAGUUGGAUCCUAAAUUAUUGAAAUGUAUUUUCUUAGGUUAUUCUCGAGUUCAAAAGGGGUAUAGAUGUUUCUGUCCGAGUACAGGUCGAUAUCUUAUUUCUAUUGAUGUCUCAUUUUAUGAAAAUACACCUUGGUCAUCAUCCAAGACAGAUGUUCAUGAGGACAACGAUGAAAUACUCAUUUAUGCGGUUACUAUACCUGAGACUACACGUCUACACCUUCAGUAACUAUACCGAAUGUUCCUGUUCCUGACCCCAAACCUCCAGUACACUUGGUUUACACCCGUCGACACAAAGCAUUAGAUCACCCUCCACCUGUGACACCAGCCUGUGAUUACUUAUCCUGAUACUGGUCCGACUUCGACCUCAUGUUCUGAACCAGUACCUGCAUCUUCAGAUCUUGUCUCUACAUCAGAUCUUGACCUCCCGAUAGCACUACGUAAAGGUACACGGUCUUGUACUCUUCCUAGUCCUUCAUUUGUGUCAUAUAGUAAGUUAUCCUCUGCCUCAUGUUCUUUUAUUGCUUUCAUUGAUUCUAUUUAUGUUCCCAAAUCUGUUAAAGAAGGUUUGUCUCAUUCUGAAUGGCGUCAUGCCAUGGUAGAGGAAAUGAAUGCUUUGAAUCUUAAUGGUACUUGGGAUUUGGUAGACUUUCCUACAGGGAAGAAGUCAAUUGGAUGUAAGUGGGUCUUUGUUGUUAAGGUUAAUACAAAUGGAUCUGUUGCUCGAUUGAAAGCUCGAUUAGUUGCGAAGGGUUAUGCUCAAACCUAUGGUGUUGACUAUUCGGACACUUUUUCUCCUAUUACUAAAUUAACAUCUAUCAGGAGGAAGUUUAUAUUGAGCAACCUCAGGGAUUUGUUGCUCAGGGGGAGUAUAGGAAAUUUUUUCGACUUCUCAAAUCUCUUUAUGGUUUGAAAUAGAGUCCUCGUGCAUGGUUUGGGAAAUUCAGUCAAUCCAUUGAACGUUUGGAAUGAUGGAAGAUCUACCUCGGGCUAUUGUGUCUUUGUUGGAGGGAACCUAAUAUCCUGGAAGAGUAAGAAACAGAGUGUGAUUUCUCGUUUGAGUGCCGAAUCAGAAUAUCGAACUAUGGCGCAAUUUGCAUGUGAGAUCAUAUUGAUAGGCCAUUUAUUGAGUGAAAUUGGAUUGAAGACACCAAUGCCUGCUAAAUUGUGGUGUGAUAAUCAAGCUACCAUACACAUUGAGAGCAAAACAUAUUGAGAUUGAUUGUCAUUUUAUUCGAGAGAAGAUACAAAAAGGAUUAAUUAAUCUCUACGGGAUAUGUGAAGACUGGAGAACAACUUGGAGAUUUGUUCACUAAAGCACUAAAUGGGAUCCGAGUUGGUUAUUUAUGUAACAAGUUGGGCAUGAUAAAUAUCUAUGCUCCAA